AUGGCGGACGGCUCCAAUAGGAAGGAAAACUGUUUUUCCGUCGAACUGAAACUUUUAGAGGCUGAAUACGAAAGAUCUAAGCUACAGGUGUUCCAAGAUACGUUUUUCUGUAAACGGUCUAUAGUAGAAUUAGAACUCUUGUGUAAAAACGAGCAGCUUAUGAAGAAUGUUCGAGUCAAUAACAAAGUCCGAGAACACGAAUGCAGACUGAAGGUAAAACUGAAGGACAAUGGUAAAAGAUGUAGUCGCAUGUUUAUUUACCAAAAUUUAGUCAUUUUAGUUCUUAGAUCACUGAAUUUCGCAUCUAUGGUCAUUUGAUAGGAUCACAUCUCAAUCUUUUUUCCUGUAUAGGAGCAGGUUGAAUCCCUGUCAACGGAACUCGAAAACGUCACAAGCCAGCAACAAACCACUCAAAAGACACUCCAGGUAAAUGCUGAUUACCAAUUCUUGUUUUCUUGAGCCUCCUUGGGAUCGGCGAAAUAGAUCGCGAUCGAGGUAUUGUAGUGUAGGCUCCAUUUUGGGUAACCUGUGGAAACCCUCCUCGAAAGUUCACACAGGUCUCGGAAAGAUUCUAAUUAAAUUUGAGAGCGUCUGGAUCUUUUAUCAUUAUUCAAUAGUCAUUUUCAUCAUCAUCAUCUCCUCCGUGCUUGUCACUGCUGUUAUCAUUAUCUCAUUUUAAACUUUGACCGAUAGGAUGAAAAAAUUCAGCAUCUUCUGGAGAAGAAAGAACUGGAAGACAGAAUGAAAUCGGAAAUGGAUGGAAAAAUUGAAAAGUACAGAGCCACUUCGAGUAACAAGGAAAAUUUAUUGAAAAGGGAGAUUAAGACCUGGAAGGUAAUUUUACGAAGCAUUUUUCUAACGAACAAAAAGAUAAAAACCUCUUGCUAGCCUUAAAGAUAGUUUCAUCACAAAGUGAUAUCCUAUGUCCAAGGAUUUGUACAUGUCUUGGAGAAUAGUUCUUGAACCCCUCUCCAAUGAAAACUCCUCCAUUCAUGGGGGCACGUCUUAGUUUUCAGUCAUAUUUUUCCUCUCCUUUCCGCAAAGGACAAGCAGAUUCAAGCAUCUAAGGACGCUGAAGAACUCAGGAGGGAGUUGAAAAAGAAAGAAGUUUCAAUGAAGGUAAAUUUUUUUUUCGUUUCGCCAUCCUUGAGGAUCAAAGCGUUUUGAGUGCUAUUUUUUAGUUUUUGUCCGUUCAUAGAAGGGCGAGACUCACUUCGCGAACUGAGUUGUAGUCUCUGUGGUCAGUUGCACGAGUUCAGACUGGCUUCGAUCCUUGUAACUGAACGUAGCAUCAAAAUUCAGUCACCCUGACAGAUUUUCAUAGACUUAAUUCAGAGCACACGAAGAAAAUUGUCGCUGCGACUUUUCCCCGUGAAACGUCGCUGCGAAUUGUCGUUUAGUUAACCCGGCCUUUCAGUGCACCCAAAUGUUAGCCAGAAAAAGAAACGAAUGCAGCAGAAACGCCUUCAGUAAAUCAGCUAGUUUGUAAUAAAUAACAUUUCCUUUUUGGAACAAGACCAAGGGUAUUCAAGCCAGGACUGAUGUGAACAACGCUUCGACAAUGACUCAGGUUGAUUCUCAAAAGAGUGACGCCUCGACACAAGUUCAAACCUCCGCUUUGAUGAGCGAACUUUUCCAAGGUUCUAACGGCCAAGAGAUUGGCGGAGAUCUGCAAAAUGGGAAUGCGAGUGACAAUGGAAAGAAGGAUGUUGUGAAAGCAGAUGGUAAACUGAAUAAUCAGAGAGGAAGGAAAAAAGCGGAACCGAGGAAAGAUCAACACAAAUAUGACAGGGGAAGAAAAGCGAAAGAUAAAACUGUCCAAGACAGUAAUAAAGAACAAGAAGACGACAAAUUUGGUAAGAAAGAAAACGAAGGAAAACAAAAGAGUCCUCAAAAGGAGAAGGUUCUUCGUAAUCAUAACGUUACAUAUGAGAGGAAUUCUUCAAAUACACUGAGAGAAGAGCAAAGGGAAAUCCUUGAAGUCUGCAACGCCAGAGGUUUAUCGAUAGCAUCCGGUGCUUCUGAAGAGGGUGACGUCCCUUUCCAGGAUUACAAAACCCCGGGGAAGUCACAUAAAUCACCAGAGACUGGUAAAAACCCGGAUACAAGUGAAGAUAAACCUGGUAUGGAGGUUCAAGAGGAAGAUGUAAGCUCAGUGAAAAAGGGACGUGGUGAAAUUGUACGAGAGGUGCUACAACACGCAGUUGUUGAGGAUAUUGCAAACAGGAGAGAAUUGGAAAGUGGCGAAGAAGGAAAAGUAAAAUUAAAAAACGACGACUUGCAAGAUCAUGAAAAGAAAUUUGAGAAGAAACCUUCGCAGAAGCAGAUUCCUGAAAGUUUGAAUCCAGGGACUGAAGAACAGAAGAUCUUAUCCAUUGACGAAGACAACGAUUUCUUUGUUGAUCUGAGUGAAGAACAAAAACAAUUGACUGAGGACAAUAAAAAAGUAGAAACGUCUUCUAAAGAUAAGUGGGAUGAAGAGUUCUCGGGCGUCCAAGAACAGGACAAGAAAAAACUAAAGAGCGCAAAGGAAAAAGGAAGCCAAAGACGAGUAACAUCAACAGAGGAUAAGUCUUCACCUGCGGAAGGCAACGCGAUUGAGCAGAGAAGCGCGCACGAAAUCACAGAUCAAGGGUCAAGAAGAGUCUUGAGAAGAAGAGCAAAGAAAAUUAAACUAAAACCAAAUGUUAUUGACGGCGAGACCGUGGCAAAGAAAUCCAAAGCCGGUGUCGAAUGUCAGAAAGGUAGCGAACCCGCCAUUUCGAAGACAUCAUCACCAGAAGUUAAUCCAUUUCCACGUGACAUUGAGAUGUCAUCAUGUGAAAUUGAUCGCCCGGGUGUUGACAAGUCACGCCUCUCACGUGCGACGACAGUUCACAAACCUCUUGACGGGACAUCUCAACAACCGGAAACGGAAGUGCUGGAAGGGCUGAGUAAUGGGACAUCCGCUCAUGGCCAACUUUCCAGAAAUCAGAGAUCGGACAAAGGGAAGUUGGUUUUAAGCGACAAUUCAAUCAAAACGGUCGAAGAAUCAUUAUCUGACCAUGAAAAACCCUCACAUAGCGAGAAAUGCCAAAGUGGGCUUGAAAUUAACAAUGAAAAGGAGAAAGAUGACCUCCCCUCGAAGAACAGAAACAAGAGGCACACCGCGCAGGAGUUACAAGCAGUUGAUGAUAUCAUUAAAUCAAAGAAACAACAAGACGUAGGCACCACUGACAGGGAUUCUAACACGCAACUAUCGUGUCAGGCUAAUGAACAGAACUCGCGGGACACAGGUCGAUCAAGAAAAAACGGGCAAGGUCCCACAGAAUCAGGGGGCAAAGGGAAAAUAGUAUGGGGCACAAAAGAAAAUGCACAAGGUGGCAAACAAAAGGUAAUUAAGAAAAGGUAAGAAACUUUUCUUGUCUUUUUUUUUUUUUUUUGGUGAAGUUGAUGAGGUUUUGUCAAGAAAGAGGAGAUUUUUUCUUUUUUUUUGAAAAGGUGAUGAACAUUUUUCAAAAACGUGACGAUUCGAACCUCAUACCUUACGAUUUCUCAGUCUGAUGCUUGAUCAGCUGAGCAAUAGAACACUCGGCAAUGAACCGGGCCUCUUUUCAGGACCAGAGGUGUAUAUUAUUUUGAGGUAUUUUAAGCUUAAUAUAAAAAGUCACUUUCCAUUUUUUUUAGUCGCUACUCCAUCUUCAUUGGCGAUUUCACUUUGUUAUCUAGUGGAUAUUCAGUCUUCAGAGACAACUUCGAGUGAACGCCGCCCUCCAAAACACAGAUAAAAUUAUAAACGCCAAAGCGUUUAAUCUAAUUUAUUAGGGAGUUUAAUAUCACUGAAAUUCUUUCCUCCCUUUUUCCAACCACGACACGCAGAGAUGACGCCAAUAAGACUAAACAACAUCCGAGCUUUGACAAGAAACAAUAAGUUUUCGGCGUAAGAUGGCAUUUUGAGACAAAUACUGCUGUGAAAAACAAUGUCGAGAGCGUGACCUUGCAAAAUAUUCCUCAAUAGAUCACUUUCCUCGGGAAUUUAAACUAUGACGAGCUCAAUAACAAUACUGUCUUAAAUUUAGAUGUUUCAUUCAAAAAUACCAGGGGAAAAAAAUAUUUCCGGAGGCAGAACCUAAUGAAAUAUAUCUUUCCGGAGGUUUUCCUGCCUUUUAAACCUAUUUUCUGAAACGAAGUGAAUAUCUUUCCGUUUUAAAGAGAGUCUCAUUUAAAACGUCCUUCUUCGUAUGGCCUGCUCACGAGGGGCACUUACGUCGCAGAAAUCUCUUAGAUUAUUAAAACUGUGCAAAAUCACAAAAAACAACAACGUGGCCCAGUCGAACUAGAGAGAUUCCCAGACCUUCGAGGUAUUUUGGUUACCAUCGAAAAGAGACUCAUUGGGUUGCCCAACGUGUACCGAUAUCACUUAGUGCUUCUUGGGAUCAGUGUUACUUAAUCUGUCACUAGCGAGUCCAGCCCCUUUGUAAACACGUAAAAUACUGUGGUGAAAAAUGCUGUUUUUGUCUGGUCUUAGAAAACCUACUCUGCGUGUCCGUGAGGUGUCCACUCUAUCCGAAAAGCAGUGUGGCUCGACCUACACCACAAACACUGAAAACCCCUCCAUAUUGGACUGCACCAAAAAACGCAAGACUUUAUUCAACUCGCGAGAAAAUUCUCUACUGGUUCAGGUGCCAGAUGUUCAGGUAAGGAAAUAAAAGGAGAGAAAAAAAAUUGAAAUCUAAUCGUGGUUUCUUUCUGAUUCAUUUUAAUAUUUAAAGAAUUUCUUUCUUCAAACAGAUAUCGUUUGUGAAUAAAACUUUGUCGAGAAGCCGUGCAAAUGCUGGUAUUCCACCAUCCCUGUCGGCCUUCAUGAGGAGUUUCAUUGCUCCAAAACUCAAGAAAUCAAGCUGAUGUCACUCUUUGCGGGGUCGCCUUCUCCUGGAUUCUUUCUGUGUAAAUGAAGCUCCCGGAAUUUUUCAAAGAAUAAGCAGAGAACAAGGCUGAUAGUGUUUGAAAAAAUUCAUGCUCAUGGAGGAACAUUUUAAGGUCUUUUUGUUUACGUUGUGGCUCUCAAAAAAUGGAGAAAAAAGCAGGAAACACUAAAAAUAGCAUGAAUUGAGCCGAAGUUUUUUUUUCGACGAUCGAUUACAAAAUAAGUUACGUCCCCAUUUUGAAAUGGCCCAUUACAUACGCCCUCAAAUUAGAAUUUGUGCAAGACACAACAACAAGGUUAGAUAUUACCGCGGUCAAAAAAUGCUUUGGUCUUCCGUGACAAUAACUCAUUUUUUAUCGUUAGCUGAAGUAAAAAACAAUUGCGAAUAUGACUGAUCUGCGUAGUUUGAUGAAUACUUUUGACCGCAACUAUAUUGUAGCGAUGUUUCAAUCACAAAACCUGCAAAAAACUUAUAGACUGUCACACGAGAAGGCGAGAUCUAAACAGUAUUGCCAUUUGCGGAAGUCAAGGUGGCUACUUAGAUCUAUUUUAAUUUACACAUUUCUGUGUUGAAAAAAAAAAUAGUAUUUUGAAGGAGGAUUAUUUGUUUUAAACUGUAUAUGCAGCAAUAUCUUUGACAUAGAUCGUAAGAGGCCGGAUCAUGUGUCAAUAUUAGGAUGUAUUUUGUUUUCCUCAGCGAUAUUUAGGUAUAGUACUGGCGUAUAUUAGCUUGUGUUUACGCUCCCUCUUCACCCACCCCUCUCCCCAAGAUUAUAGAAAGUUUUUGCAAUACCAUCCACCAUUGAACCCUGAAAUAACGAGUAGCUAUUGUGGUUGUAAAUUUAUCAUGUCUCAAAAAGGUGAAAUCAGCUGUGCUUGUUUGUUUAUUUUUCAUCCAUUGCAUGUUUUUGAUAUUUAAUGUUUUUAGAUGUUUAAUUUACAUGCAAAUUAAAACCCGCGUGUUAUAAUGAUGUCAAGUAAGUUAGGCAC